AUGGCCACUGGAAAUGUGCGCACAGGGCCCUUGAAUUGUGGCAGCUGCACACCAGGGGGCAAUGCCCUGGCUCUGGCUGGAGCCUUUGGUGCUCAUGGCCGAGCCUCUGCCCCAGCAAGUGCCACGCUGCUGGCCUGUGAGCUCGCCUGGUAUUUAGAGACUCCCAUGAUGCCUGAGGAAGUGGCCAUGCUUCUUCUCCUCUCCGUGCUGGUCCUGCUCACACAGCCUCCAAGGUCAUGGGGAGAAGAAGUGACAACCCUUCCUCAGAAACCUUUGAUUGAUGACUGCACCCUGGUCACAUGUAGCCCUGUGGAGAAUGGCCUGCCUGGUCGUGAUGGACAAGAUGGGAGAGAGGGCCCCCGAGGCGAGAAUGGGGAUCCAGGUUCACCAGGAGCUACAGGGAGAAUGGAGAUGCUGGAUGUACCCAAAGGAGACAACGGUCCUGCUGGAGAACCUGGACCGAAGGGAGACUCGGGGCCACGUGGACCUCUGAGACCUCCAGGUGAGCCCAGGCUGUCUGGUAGAGAGGGUCUCUCAAGAAUACAGAGGGAUGUAGGACCCCAAGGUAAACCAACCCCCAAAAGAGAGCCUAGAACCAAAGGAGAAGUGGGUGCCCCAGAUGUGCAGGGCUCUGCAGGGACAAGAGGCCCCCCAGGUCCCAAAGGAGAGAAAGGUGCCCCUGGUGAGCAUGGAGCCCCUGGGAUUGCAGGUCCAGCAGGCCCUGCAGGACCCAUGGGUAUACCGGGAAUUCCAGGUGCCAGGGGCCUCUCAGGACCGAAGGGGGACAGAGGUGAUCCUGGGUCCAGAGGAGAAAAGGGAGAGAGUGGGCUAACAGACAUCACUGCUCUGAGGCAGCAGGUGGAAGCCUUGCAGGAGCAGGUAGGACGCCUGCUGGGAGCCUUCCUUCAGUAUAAGAAAAUGGAGCUUUUCCUCCAUGGCCAAAGUGUUGGCCAGAAGGUCUUCAAGACAGCAAGGUUUGUAAAGCCUUUCCAGGAGGCACAGCAAGUGUGUGCACAGGCUGGGGGGCAGCUGCCCUCCCCACGCUCUGCAGCUGAGAACGAGGCCUUGAAACAGCUGGUCGAGUUUGAGAACAAGGGUGCUGCAUUCCUGAGCAUGACUGACUCCCAGACGGAGGGCAAGUUCAUCUAUCCAGGAGGGGAGUCCCUGGUCUAUUCAAACUGGGCCUCUGGUGAGCCCAACAGCUAUGGCGGCAAUGAGGACUGUGUGGAGAUGUACACCAAUGGCAAGUGGAAUGACAGGCCCUGUGAGGUGAAGCGCCUUGUGAUCUGCGAGUUCUGUGCCCUUGGGGUGGGUGAGGCAGCCUUGGUCCAGGAGCUUGGUCCAGACCUGUGUGCUGCCAACAUGACAACGAAGAGCUGA